AUGUGGUCGACGAUGAUCAUGCGGUUCCCUACGCAGGCCAAGUCCGUGUCGCGCAGCGCGCUUGUGGCGGCAGGUAUGGCUGCGUUCGCUGCCUUCUCCAGUGUUUCCUCUACUCGCUGCGAAGAGGAGAAGUCCAAGGUGGCGUUGAGCCCCAAGGAGUUCCGUUCUUUCACUGUGCGUAAAGUUGAGACCGUGAACUACAACACGAAGCGCGUGACGUUCGCUCUUCCCACACCCGAGCACGAGAUGGGUCUCACGACGCCUAGUUGCCUUAUGGCUCGUGCCAAGGUAGACGGCAAGACAGUGGUGCGCCCCUACACGCCUGUCAACGUGAACGACGAGAAGGGUUUCUUGGAGCUCGUAGUCAAGGGUUACCCACAGGGAAAGCUCAGCAAGCACAUCGUGCAGCUCAAAGAAGGAGACUCUCUUGACAUGAAAGGUCCCUUUCCCAAGUUCAAUUACUACCCCAACAGGUACAAGAGCAUCGGCAUGAUCGCUGGCGGCUCCGGUAUCACCCCCAUGCUGCAGCUCAUCAAGGCCAUUUGCCGCAACCCGGAGGACCGCACCGAGAUCACGCUGCUGUACUGCAGUGUCUCGGAAGAAGAUAUCAUCCUGCGUGAAGAAGUGGAGGCCAUGAUGUACCUGUACCCGCAGAUCUCCGUGAUCCACGUGCUCAGCAACCCGUCCGCCGAGUGGAAGGGUCUUACAGGCUUCGUGUCCAAGGAGAUGAUCGAAAAGUACAUGCCGGAGCCGUCAGACGACAACCUCGUGUGUGUGUGCGGUCCUCCGCCAAUGAUGUACCACGUCUCGGGUGACAAGGCGAAGGACAGGUCUCAGGGCGAACUGCAAGGUCUGCUGAAAGACAUGAACUACACCUCCACUCAAGUGUUCAAGUUUUAA